AAAUAGACAAAGUGGGGGAAAAAAUAGCAUUUGAGAGCAAAUCAAAAGAAAAUUCUUCCUGAGGUCGAGUUGUGAAACUACAAAACAAAAAUUUUCAAGAGGAAAUUGCAGACACUGAUACUAAUCUGGUGUGAUAUUAUCAACAUUUUUGGAUUGAUCCGGCCACCAUUAACAUACAAUAGUUUUUUUUGCCUAGUAAGAAGUGGAAUUUCCUUGGAAAUCACAAUGUUUAUUAACUGUACAGUAGGUCAUAAUUCAGAUGUAACUUCGUAAAACAUAAAUCUCAGUUCCCGUGACGUCACCAACAACAGUUUGUGAGGUUCUAAUUUGUGUUGGUAAAUGCCUCCCUUUCUAAUAUGGCGGCGGCGUUGACGUAGUCACACAUCCCGGUUGAGUGAAAUACGCAUGCCUGAACUGAACAAACGUUUUUGUGUGUGUGUGUGUGUGUGUGUGAAAGAGGCUAAUUUAAAUUCUACAAGUGUUUAAUGAUUAAGCUUUUAUUGGGUUUUUACCUGUUUUAUGAGCUGAACGAUUUAUCUGCAAGAACGGGAUUAACCAGUCUGUCUGGAAACUGCAAGGUAUCGGAUUAACGGUGUUUUGCAGAUUUAUAGUCACACUCGGUUGUGAUUUCAGCCGGCAUGUUCAGCGUGCUUCCCAGAGCAGCUGGCUCUGCCCUGAGGCAGUUUCAGCUGCCGUUUGCCCGCUCAGAGCCCUGCAUGUCGCUGCAGCUCCGCUUUGCAGCUUCUGCGACCCUCCGCUUGCUUGAAGACUGCCUCGAGGUCAGCUACGAGGGGACGCCGAUGCGUUUCAACUACGUGUGGCUGCGGGACCACUGCCGCUCAGCGUCCUCUUACAACUCCGCAACCCACCAGAGGAGCCUGGAYACCGGGAGCUUGGAGCUCACCCUGCGCCCUGAGAGCUCCGCGGUGGAAGACGGUCAGCUCGUCCUCACAUGGCCUGGUGGCCACGUGUCAGAGUUCAGCCUCGGUUGGUUGGCCGAGAACAGCUAUGAAGGAAGGAAGACGGUCAUGGAGCAGCCGCGCAUCCUGUGGAACGCUAACGUCUACCAAAACGCUCGCAUAUCAGCAGCCAAAUGGGACAAGUUCAUGAGCUGCGACAGCGAGCUGAAGAAGUUCCUUCAGAACUACCUCCUGUAUGGAAUUGCCUUUGUGGACGACGUUCCGGCGACUGUGGAAGCCACUGAGGAAGUCACCAGGAGAGUCAGUCUGAUCAGAGAGACUACUUACGGGAGAAUGUGGAGUUUUACAUCCGAUUUUUCCAGAGGCGACACUGCCUACAGUCAGCUGGCCCUCGACCGUCACACUGACACGUCUUACUUUCAGGAGCCAUGUGGAAUCCAGGUGUUUCAUUGCCUCCGACAUGAGGGUAGUGGAGGGGAGACGUUGCUGGUGGAUGGCUUCUACGCUGCGGAGAAGCUCCGCCAGCACUCCCCCGAGAACUUCGAGCUGCUGUGCCGCGUCCCCAUCAGGCACGAGUACAUUGAAAACACAGAAAAUCACCAAAACCACAUGACGGGCAUUGGCCCCGUGCUCAACGUCUACCCUUGGAACAGUGAACUCUACAUGAUCCGAUAUAACAACUACGACCGGUCGGUGAUGAACACGAUGCCCCACGACAUCAUCCGACGAUGGUACGUAGCACAUCGACAGCUCACCACAGAGCUACGGCGGCCAGAGAACGAGCUGUGGGUGAAACUCACUCCAGGCAAAGUGAUUUUUAUUGACAACUGGAGGGUGUUGCAUGGGAGGGAAUCUUUCACCGGCUUGAGGCAGCUUUGUGGAUGUUAUCUGACCCGAGACGACGUCCUCAGUGCUGCACGCUGCUUUGGACUGCAAGCCUAAACAUACAGAUUCUGUCAUUUCAGUGCCUUAAUCGUCUGACGUUGGACUCGGAGUCCCUUCAGUCCAGGAAGAUGUUCUGCUUUGCUCAGAACAUCUUCCUAUAUUCCGAUAAACAAGCAAUAUUACAUAUAUUUUGUAAUAUUGCUUGUUUUUAAAGAUUUUUUGUUUAGAAUUGAGCAGUGCCGUGUGAGAAGCUCAAGGUUUGGGAUAUUGUCUUAGAACCUAAUCCUUAAGAUUCUCCGUACCUGACCUGUGCUGUUCUAACUAACCUCUGGGGCCUUCACAAAACUUACAGAUUCACACUGAGAUUAGAUCAAAAAACACACAGAUGGACUUUAGGUGACCUCUGAAGGCAACUGACUGUGCUGAAUUCUGUGUAUCAGAGUAAAUAUGAACAUUCUUCAUAUUUGUCCUAUUUCUGAAAGAACUUUAUUAAAUAAAUAAAAAAAAGAACAAAUAAAAUGUGUUGGAGUAACAUCAUAAAAUGUGGAGAAGUUGAAAGGACAUAAAUAUUUUGUUCUUGACUGAGCAGUAGUGAUUGACCACUACAGUAAACACAGUGAAUUUUUCGGAUUGCUUGCUCAUGACGUUCUGCUUUCAGUCUUGGAUGGCUGAUAAAAUCCUCAGCUGCCUCUUCUUACGCAACGGUUUAAUAGCUUACAGUUUUACAAAUGUUGCAACCGACCAUUCAUUUACAGCGAAAGUGAAUGAAUGGCUCAACAAGGGCUGCUUUUCAGCUAAUGUGAGGCUUUUAUUAAAACUAAAGGUGUGUCGAAAAAUAGCUACUUCUUAAAAGCAUCCAGCAGUUACUUUAUAGGUCUCUGUUAAGGGAAACACAUUGCUCAUUUAUUUGCUGCCUUUACUCUUGCCAAAUCGGUAACAAUUUAAUGUUCACUUGUUUUGACAUUGGCACAGGGCAGGAGGCCUGUUAUUUAUUAAAUGUGCUGCUAAGCCAAAGAAGAAGUUAUUAAAAUAUAGCUCAUUUCCUGGUGUAAAAUAAAUGUAUGCAGAUUCGCACAUGGAUUCUAAUUAAACCAGACACUUUUCUGUCAGUAGAAAAAUCCAGAGAUUUUUCUAAAUGUUUACAAACUUAAUGAAAGAAAAUCUGGUGCAGUGCACUUACAGUGCCUUGCAAAAGUAUUCAUACCCUUUACGCCUGUUCCAAUUUGGAUUUGUGGCAACCAAAAGCUUCAGUGUAGUUUAUUGGGAUUCUCUCGGAUAGACCAAAAACAAGGCUGUGCAUAUUUGUGAGACUGAGGGGGGAAAAAAAAUUUGGAUGAUUUUCAAUAUUUAUUUUACAAAUUAAAAUCAUAAAACUGCAGCAUGCAUUUGUAUUUAGCCUUCUUUACUCUGGUUACCUGCAGAAAUCACCAAAUCAGUCGUUUUACUAGUACUUUUUUGGUUCUCAAUAUGACUCCCUGAUGAUAAAUAUAAGUAGAUUUCUAAAAGGAGUUGCAGGACUGUCGAGAUGUCUUGCAACUUGAAGUCUUCAUGAAGGAGAAUAAUAGAGUCUGACAUUAAUCAGGGUCUGAGACAUUUAUGUCUACGUCACUAUGAGUUAGAUGGAAAAGUAGUAAAUGUAAUAAAAAGCUAAUAGAAAAUGAAGGUGAUGAGUUUCGUCAUAUGAAGUGAAGUCUGAUCGUGAUUCAUGUUAAACAAUAGUUCCAAAUGGUCCGUCAUCUAACCGGUGACGUCCUUCCAGUUGCUCUCAUUCUACCCUUUCUCUUCAGCAAAGGAGGUUGCUAGAUGUAGUUGCUAUAGAAACCUUACCCAAGGAAUCUGUGUCUCCCUCUAGUGUAAAAAGAAAGUGUUUACCUUCCACUUUUUAGGUUAAAAUCGUAAUAAUAAAAUGACAUAAGAUUUUAAUAUGUAUAUAGUCUAAACCUGUGCACACACUCUAAAGAAACAAAAGUGAACGUGCCAGGAMAACAAUGUUGCCUGUAAAGAAUCUGGCUGCCAGAGGAAGUCACAAAAACACAAAAGGCUGACUUACCUUAGUCCUUGUAAUAUAUACACACAURCAAGGCUAAUCAGAACUGACCAUCCUGACCAYGACUAGUCUGUUCAUUUUACACAAUUAUUAUUCAACUAUAAUAAGUUUUAAAAACAACAAACUGAUCACAUUUAAAUUAAUUCACUCCGGAUUUUUAUCCAAUUGUUUUAUUAUUAUUAUUAUUACCUUUGCCGCGAUCAGCAAGUUUCUGGCAUAAUUCCGGUUGGAAAUUUCACUCUAACUCUUAACUAAAUGAAACUAUUAUUUGUUUGAAUUGGUUGGUCUCUACAUAGUUAGCAAGCCUUUAAGCAAAAUCUAGGCAUUUGCAGUUUCUACAGUUUAAGUGUUGCUUUGAGCUGAGGGGGAGAGCUUGAAGACGACUGUAUUUCUUUUUCGUUUCAUCCACUUUUGAAAUGAACCGGUACAAUUGGCAGACCCUCAGAAUGACACAGCCACCACCAUGCUUGAUUGCCGUUACAGUGUUCUAAGGUUUGAA